AUGGUGAGCAACAAGAAGGAUUUGCUUCUGAAGAUGUUUACCUGGAUAGCAAAAGUUGCUCCUCAACCCCCUCAGCCAGUUAGGCAUCUGGAGACUAGGCCUGAGGCUAAGGAUGUGUCUCCACCUGCAGAGGAACAGAAAACAGUGGAAGCCGAAAAACCUAAAAAUGAAGCAGGUGACUGUUCUAAUGCAGGAGGAAGACAGGAUGAGGCUGACCAGACUGCAGUAUCCACUGCAGUCACCAGUUCUGGGGGUGGAGUCCUGGUCUGGAUUGCACAAAAUAUGAGCAGACUUGUCCCACUGCAUAUUGAUAGCCCAAGACUUCCUAAAGGUGCGCAGGAUUCUGAGAAGAAUGCAGAAUGCCAAGAGUUCUUCAGUAGACUUAUUUUUGUUGACAGAGUCCACACCACCUCAACCAGCUCCGACUCCAGCUCCUGCUCUGACUCCGACUCCGACUCCAGCUCCGGCUCCAACUCUAGCUCCGGCUCCAGUUCCAGAGAAAGCUCCAGAUCCGGUUUUAGUGAGUGCUCCAGUUCCAGAGACCCAAUCAUCAAGGACAAGGGCAGAGGAGGUGGAGUGCUCACUUGGUUUGUGCGAGGACUCAAAGAGGUAUUGCCACAACCUGAAAAAAAACCUAAACCAACUGAUGCUGCUGAGGUGACCGCUGCUCUCCAGGUGACGAAGGAGGAACCUGCAAAUCCACAGAAAGAAGAACCACCCAUUGAAACAAAGCCUGAGCCAGAAAUCAAACCCCAGCAAGAACCUGAAGUGAAGGGGGAAGAUGUGGUAACUGAGACUUCUAAAGAGCCCACUGAUCACCAGGCAGAACCCCAAGCAAACCCUACUCCCACCGGCCCAACUGUUGAAACACUUCGCUCAUCUGCUAGUAGCAGCAGCUUAUUUGAAUGGCUGAAACAGAGUCUGGAGAAAGUGGUUCCACAGCCGGUAGGGAUCUCCGCGCCUGCAACAGCCAAAGUGGAAACUGAAGCAGCUCCAGAAAACAAGGUUCCAGUGGAAGAGAAGGAGCCAGAGGUGAAGGUGACAGAGAUUCAAGAGGAAGUGCCGAAAGCUGUCACCAUCAUAGAAGUUGCUCCUGCAGAACCCACCCCAGAUCCCAUAGUGAAGGAAGAGAAGCAACCAACAUCUGAGGCAAUUGCUAAAACCAGUGUCUUCAGUUGGCUAGUACAAGGUCUUGGGAAGGUUGUGCCACAACCGGUCACCAAAUCCCAGUUACCAAAGGAGGAUGUCGGGACUACUCCUGCAUGUUCUGCAGAAGAAGUUCCAAAUGAAAUGGUGUUGGAAGAUGUUGAUUCUGAUUGGGAUGAAGAGGCUCAGUACCACGACGCUGAAACACAAACAAGUGAGUGUGAGGUACUGGAGCAACUUGCAAGACAACCUGUAAGAAUUGAAGUGACACCGGUAGCAGUAUCUGUGGCCAUUGUCAUUCCAAUCAUAUCCAGAGCUGAGGCCAGGCUGUGGUUUGCUGUGUCCAGCAGUGGAACUGAUCUUUGCCUAGAAGACUCUGAGAUCAUGGCUCACAUUUGA